CAGAUACUGUGAAACUGGCUUCUUUGGCAGAGAAAAAACUUUUUUUUGGGUGUGCGUCUCUUCAUUCGCCACUGCAGCUUUCUCACAACGAUUACGAUCCGCCCAUGCAUGCCGUGCUUAUCACGCGGUGCGCUCAGCUGGCCGAGGGAGCGCCAUGCAAAGUAGCUUUACUGCUCUCCUUCUCGCUUGUUUGCUGCUCUUCAGUUGUAUUUCUGCGCAUUCGCCGUCCCCCACUUUUGUGCUUUAUCCAAACAUUCUGCCAUCCCCUCAGUUUAAUCGCUAUCCCCACGCGCGCUCGCUGCAUUGUGCGGGCCUCAGCAACCUUGUUUACUGGUGGGUGGAACGGCCAAACAGAAAAAGUUCAGAAAAGUACCACAGCUGCACCAAGCUGCUCGAGUGCGAACCGGGUCUUCUUUUUCAGUCCAUUUCCAUUUUCCUUUCUACACAACACUCGCAAAAUUCGCGCAGUUCCUGCCCCUCUCGUUCAAAUGCGCCUACUGAGCUCACUCAAGCAGCAAAUGGCGGGCUCAUCCUCACAAGGGCACUCGAAGCAGCAGAGUGAGAGGCGGCGAAACUUCCCGUCCAUCAGGGUGGUGACUAACAGCCCGCCAAAGGCCACCAAAGUGCAGACUAUCCGGCAUGAUGAUGACUACCUGGAGACACGCGUGGCCAUGGGGCCAGUCGGUACUGCACUGGAAGAGUCGCUCGAAGCACACAGGGAGGCGGGGGUAUAUGCGCGGACAAUAACCAGCCCAAAAUAUGAGGCCACCGCCCCCUCCCCGCUGUCGCCGCGGCCGUCGACACGCAAAUGCGCAGUGAAUCGGCGGCGAGCAGGCACAAUUGGGUCAAUCGACAGCGGGUCAUAUCUGCCAUCGCCAACGAGCACUGCUGCAAACUCCAUAUCCAGCGCAGUUGGGCUGCUCAAUACUGCCGACAUGCCAGAUACUGUCUACCAACAAUUGCACUCACAUCCACUCACUCCCAUCUCGCCAAAUCCCCAGCAUCUGCAAUCGUUUCCCCUCGCCCAACUACCACCCGCCUGCGUCGUGCUGGCACGCUGACAGGCAUGCAUGGCGCUGCCGGAUGUAUCCCUGACCGCCUGCGGUCGUUUUCUCAUGACACAACAGCCCCUCCUCCCUCAACACCCCUACCGGGCUCGCCACAGUCAACAAUAUCCCACUCAGCUGCCUGCUCUGUAGUUUCUGUAUCUCCCACUGUUACCCGUAGC